CUCCUAGUGGCGGGUUCUAGGUACUGUAGCCACGGCCGUUUCAUGCGCAGCUACAGGCCCCUCCUCUUCCCCCGCUGUGUGGUGACCAGGGCCCUGGCAGCCAUUCAGUGCGGCCACGUCCGCUUCCCCACACACCGGAAGCAGCCAUUCCACUUCCUCUGCUGUCAGUCUAUCACGCCCCGGCCCCGCCCACCCCGGAGUAUACGUAUCGUGCAGCCAUUGAGUGCGGGGCCUAGAUAGCAGCCGCCAACCCCCUCCCUCUCCUACACAGCUCGACGGAUCGCACCCAGCAUGACCUCCCUCCGCGGCCUGCUCCUGCUAUUCCUGCUGGCCUUCCCGGUCACACUGCUCGAAAACGGCGCGGGUGAGAGCGGCUCAGGGACAGACAGACUGUGAGACAGACAGACUGUGAGAGCGGCACAAGGACAGACAGACUGUGAGACAGACAGACUGUGAGACAGACAGACUGUGAGACAGACAGACUGUGAGACAGACAGACUGUGAGAGCGGCACAAGGACAGAAAGACUGUGAGACAGACAGACUGCCUGUGAGACAGGCACAGGGACAGACAGACUGCCUGUGAGAGAGACAGAGAGUGAGAGCGGCUCAGAGACCGAGUGUGUGUGUGUGUGUGUCUCUCCGGGCAGUGUGAGUGCACUCUCUCUGUGGGCGCUGCGGUAUGAAGGCCGGUCCUGUCACUCCAGGCGCUAUGUACUAACAGUCCCCAGCCCAGAUGGCUAGCACGCUGGGCAUCAUGGGAGUCAUAGUCCUGAGGAGCCGGAGAGCUAAAUACUGCUCCUAAUUGCUCUGUUACACCGUGCUGGAUUCCUGGCUGUGUCUGCUCACACGGGAUAUUGUGUGUCUCUGUGUGCUCUGCGCUGUGUGUGUGUGUGUGUGUGUGUAUAUACAUAUACUCUGCCUUCUGUGUGUAUACAUAUACUAUGCACUCUGUGUGUAUACUGUGUGUGUGUGUAUACUAUGCGCUGUGUGUCUGGCUGACGUGUCACUCUGCGCCUGCUGUCCAUUCAUUCCCUGGCUCCUCCUAGCUGACUGUAUCCCCUACUACUAAUGUAUGGAGAGGCACACACUCUCACUUUUAAACAUUAUUUAGAUAUUUUUAGAAACCAUGUUUUCAGAGCUACUGCCUGACCUUUUCACGUUAAACAAAAAGUAACAAAGUAAGGAUUACUUUUUUUGUAUAUAAAUACAGGUAAAAUUGGUGAAUGCGAAGUCUGUGCAACAUUGAUUUGGUGGGGCUUUUAGAGUUCAUAUUUAAGCAGAUUUAUUCUUCUCUGCAUGUAAACGGUUUGAUACAGGUACAACUGGAAUAAGCUGUAUGGGCCUAUUUACAAGGACUUUAUAUUUUCUUUGAGUUAUGUAGUUGCUCUUCAUUUUUCUGUACUUUCAAAUAUUUCCUUUAGAAAAUUGUUUGUUUUUUUGACAUACCUAUAAAGCUGACAUGGAGAUUAAGCUUAAUAUAGCCUUUUUUAGUAGGUUUUACAUGGUUAGGUUUAUUAAUGUUUUUUUUUUAUUGCAGUAUGUUUCUCUGUAGGCAAACAUCUCUUAAUGGGGGUUAUUUAUGCCAGAUAAAAUUUGCAUUUACAAGUGUAGUCACAUCUUUGCCCUCCAAGGGACAAUUUAAGCACUAAAAGCACUACAUCUUAUUGUUUAAUGUCGUUUUUUUGUUUUUUGUUUUAAUACAAGCCAAAGUGACCCCCCCCCCACUUCCCAGCUGCCAUGUAAAGGGUUUAAAAAAAAAAAUCUUUAAACACAUGAUUCCAGUGCCAAAGUUCCUCAGCACUGGAUAGGACUCCUCUGUCAACGUCCAUGCAUUCCAGGAUCCUAAUGCACAUGCGUGGCAACUGCUACAUGCACACUAGUUCUUCCUAAUAAGAAAGCAUUGAAUUAAUUAUUUUCUAUAGGAUUUUUCAAAAUGCCUGACACCGUCAUGCAGCGUUAAGAAAACAUGGACACUGUACCCAGCACACCUCAAUGAAAUGAAGUUGUCUGGGUGCUUAUAUUCUAUAAAACUGUUAUAAUGGGAGAUGGCUAAAUCUAAAACAAGCAAGGAACAGAUAUAUAAAGAUUUGUUGUGAUACAGAUGAUGUAAAUUCAACAAUCUCCAAAGAAAGCUGAAAAAUUUUAUAUUAAUAGUUCAGAUUGUAUUGUCGUCUCCUAAUUAAUUUGUCCCUUUUUUUUUUAUGCCUAUAUGUACAGGUCCUUUAGUUGCUGCACAGGAUGCUACAGAGGAUGAAGAAGCUAUUGAUGACUCUGUAGUUGAGGAUGAGGAUGAUGAAGCUGAAGUGGAAGAAGAUGAAUCUACAGAUUUGGUAAAAAGUUUUGUUUUUACAUAUUUUUUGUUUUAAAGCUUCCUUAUAUUCAAAAUCAUAAUUUUGAUGACUAGUUACUUGUAGGACCUAGAAUGGAGUUUAUUCAAUUUUUCAAUGCAUCAUUCAUGUGAUUCAAUGGAAACAAAAAAGAUGAUAACCUUGUGACACUUUCUUUUUUUUUUUCUCUUAUUUUAACCCCAAGGAUGUACUUCUCAUCUAGGGAGCUCACAUCAUUUCAAUAAGUGUCUAAUUGCUAAAGUUAAAGCGGCACUAUCAUGGCCAAAUCCAGUUUUUGUCUUUUGUUUUAACCCCCCCUGCCGACUCCACUACAUCUAAUUGCCUGCCCCUAAGCCCCCAUAUUACCUACUUUUUAAUAUUUAUUUUGAUGCUCAGACCUAGGUCCUGGGCGCUGGCAUCUUUGUAUGGGCAGAUUAAGUCCCUGUGGGACACGUCAUAUGCCCACACUAGAUAGCGCUGUGAAAUUUCCGCGCAUGCCUAGAUAACCACUUGGGCAUUCGCUGUUAUCCAAACUUCUGACGGGAAUUUCAUCUAUUUAUUCGUCAGAGAGACGAAGGAAUGAAUAGAAAUUUCAGGCGAUCGAACAAACCCCGAAUAUGUUCAGUUUAUUACAAGGAGGAAGGAGCAAGGAGGACCAGCAGCUCCCUCCUUAUAAUAUGUAAAAAUAAAAGCGGCGGGAAGCUGUGCUCUUAGCCACUUCCUAAGCCUCCCUCACUCUAUGGGGGUCAAUAUGACCCCCAUUAUAGCAUAAGGGAGAUUGAAAUCUCCCGAAUGCCACUACUCGCUAUACUGCCAGUAGGGGCAUGCCUACUAAACAGUGAGCAGCUCACAGUGACUGCUCACUGAUGUAAGAAUAAAGCUCCCCUCCAACAAAUGGCCCCAUGGUGGGGCAUCUAUUGAAUAGCAGGGACUACUAGUCAACCAAUAAGAGUGCUCUGAUAGGUAAAUAGUGAGCCUUACAGGUAACCAAUCAGAGUGCUCAGAGUCAAAUUGCAGGGCGUGGGAAGGUUUUAUAAGCCUUUCCCCGCCAUGCGAAACUUAGUCUGCGUGGUGCCGUCGCUGGAUGAAGAUGGAUUUUUAAAAAAAAUUUUGUUUGGGAGGGCUGGGGGGCGCUCGUUUUUUUUUUUUUUUUUUAUAAGUUUGGGUAUUAUGGACUUUUAUUUGGGGCUGAAAAAUGUAAGCUUUUAGAAUAGACAUCAAAUGGUAAGUAUUUAGUUUUAUUGUCUCCUCCCUCACUAUUUUUAGGGUGAGUGGGUAGGUAGGACUUUAUUUAAAGGGACACUCUAGUCACCCAGACCGCUUCAGCUCAAUGAAGUGGUCUGGUUGCCAGGUCCCCCAGGUUUUAACUCUUCAGAUGUAUGUUUACAUUGCAGGGUUACUCCAACUUCUAGUGGCUGUCUUCCUGACCGCCGCUAGAGGAGCUUCUGCGAUGCUGGAUGCGAAAUUUGCAAUUCGCAUCCCGUGUGCAGAACGUCCAUAGGAAAGCAUUAACAAAUGCUUUCCUAUGGACUGUAUGAAUGCGUGCGUGGCUCUUGCCGCGCAUGCGCAUUCCGCUCCACUGGGGAGCUGAUGGCGGGGGAGGAGAGGUCACAGAUGCUGGAUUAGUGUAGCUGAAGGGAGGGGGCCCUGAAGGUAGGGGGGGUUCCUAAGGAUGCUAUAGUGUCAGGAAAACUAGUUUGUUUUCCUGACACUAUAUAGUGAUCCUUUUAAAUUUUUUAUUUUUUUUUAUGGGUGGGAGGGUGACUAGGGCUUGGCCCCUAGUCACCCUAGCCCAUGGACAAUAGGUUCCCCCCCCAUUUUCAUUUAGGGCUCCCACCCGCCGCUAAUGGGUGGGGGCAAAAGCGAUUUAUUCACCAUACCUCUUUCCAAGCACGGCAAUUUCUUUAGAUUCGUGGGGGUUACCUUUCAAUACCAAACUCCUGUCCAUCCUCUGCUUCCCCUGUAAUGCUUUGAUUUGCCCUGCUUCGGAAAUGUUCCCAAGGCAAAAGUAGUGACAGCACUUUGCUUUUGCUGCCGGCAUUGGACUGGGGUACCUACACCUUUUGCCAGUGCUAGCAGAGCCAGCUAGGAAGUUUCCAAAGCAACAGCAUUCAAUGCGAUGCUGUGGUUGCUAUGCUUGGGAGAGCAGAAAGACCUCCUAUGGGGGAGGUCUUAUCUGCUGUUCCUUGUCAGUCAAAUCAUUGUCAUAGAGACUGCUGAAGAUUUGACUGAGAAGUGGAAGAAAAAGCUACAUUUAGAGCGGUACUGUCAUCCCCUCCUGAAAAAUUACUAGUUUUCAAAGAUAAACUCACUAUGAAACACUAAUUUUGACUGUGUUGGAAUUUCCCUGAAAUUGACUCCAUUAAGACCAAUACAGAGACUAAGUAAGGACUACUUUCUUUGUCUCUGUAUUUUUUCUCUGCCUGACAUUCUUACAAUCAAGGUGGAGUUUCAGAGUCAAUCCCAACCACUGUCACCAGCCCCGACCGCUGGAAGAUCCACAGGUUUGUGGGAUCCUUCAUAGACGUCAAUGCUGUAUUCUUGCCAAUGCACGAGAAUACACCAGUGACGUGGCACCAAAGGGACCCUGCCGGAUCAAGAUGGCCGUGCCUAUGAGCAACUGGUUCAAAUAAGUAAUCGCACUUUAACCUAAUUAUAAAAACUGUAAUAAUUACACUUGCAGGGUUAAGGGUGAUGGGAGUUGGCACCCAGACUACUCCAAUGGGCAGAAGUGGUCUGGGUGCCUGGAGUGUCCCUUUUAAAUAGGUUUUUCUCCCAAACUAUACAUUUGCUAGUAAACCGUGUAGCACAAUGUACACAUGGAAUUCCAUGCAUUAUCCAAAGAGCAUGAGUGAAAAUACAAGUACAUGUAUCAUUUUAAUGCUCUCACUAGGACAGGGGUAAUAAAAAUAGCGUUUAGUAGUACUAAGGGAAUACGAAUCACUUAUUUGUGUAACAUGAGUCAAGCCAGAUUGUAAGAAAGCUGCAAAUUUGUAUGUCAUGACUGCUUCACUUUAAUGUUUUUUGUUUUUUCUUCUUAUGUACAAUUUUUAGUUUUUCUUUUUUUACAUUUCUCAAUAUCAACUGCAUUUGUUUGCUGUCUACUAUACUGUCAAUGUUCAUUCAUGUGCCAGAAAAAGAUUGUGGUGAGACCAAAUGUGAUAGAACUCACCACAGUGCAAAUACAAAACUUUUAUGCAUCACCUGCAUAUCUCAAGUUGGACUUUGAGAAGUCCUUCUUUUAUAUAGAAACUCGAGAAAUCAUGGUUCCACAACUAUUCCAGAGUUCCCAGCUUGACAUGCAUAUGAGCACCAACUGGCAUAGUGUUUCAUAUAUUUAUUUAUUUUUGGUUAUGCUAGAGUAUCCUGGCCCCAUUUCCCAUUAAUGGGACAAACCGUUUUACAAUGGUUUGCCCUGUUAUCUGGGUCUCCUAUGGGCAUCAAAGUAUCUCUAUGAUUAGCGAUGUGCAACCAAAUCACGCUUUUAUUCAGAGAUUGAGUGUCAGCUGUGGAUGCUUUCAGCCAAUGAAUGCAACUCUGUGCAUAGAAAUAUGCACAGAAUUGACAUAAGCCAGCCCAGAAUUGUUUCAAGCUGGCUAAUGACCGAUUUGAACCUGCCAGAAGUAGUAUCAAAAGGUGUAAACUCUAUGUGCAGCAUUUCAUAGUGACUUGCAGACUUCAGGCACCAUUGACCACUUUAAAUCAGUGAAGUAGUUAUGGUGCUUUGAGUAACUCUUUAAGUUUUAAUUAUUGAAGGAAGUCUCCGUAGUGAUAUUCAUUCUUUGGUUGGUUGUAUGUUUCCCUUUUUAUUUUAUUUUUUAUUUUUUAAACUCUAGAUUUCUAGAGUAUAAUAUAGUGCUGUAAUUUUACAGAAUGCUUUAAACUUAAGUUUACAGUGUCUAAGUAUUCAUUUUUUACAUUGUUAGUCUAAAGAAAUGUAUAGUAAAAGAUCUGCAGUUCUCCAUUGUUUUAAACUGUGAUUUGUUUUGGGGUUUUUUUCUGUCAUGUUCGUAUUAGGCAGAAGAAAAAGAGGAUGAAGAAGACUUAAGUUCAGGCGAACCAAAAGCUUCCCCUAAUGCCGAUACAACUAUUCUUUUUGUUAAAGGAGAAGGUGAGCUCUGUUUCCAGUAUGGAGAAAAAUAAAUAAAUAAAUGUCAUUAUAAAUGCUGUUUUUUAUUUUUCAAAAAUGUGUCACAAUUGUUGACCAAAAAUAGAAUAAUAACACUUGUGUUGAUUUUACUGAUCUGGUUUUAGGUUUAAGAAGCCAUUCAUUUUAGGUCCUGCCUUUUUAUUGUUUUUUAAAAAAUAAAUAAAAAUCAUUCUUUGGUGUUUGGAAUAUUAAUCCUCCUUUAGUUAUGUGACUAGUACUCAAUCGAUCUUCACUUUGCACAGACUCUUCAAAAUAUACCACUUUGACCCACUUUUAGAAAAGAAAAAAAAAACUCAAACCUUCUGCUUAAAGGGGCACUCUGGUCACAAAUACAACUUUAAUGCAAUUGAUAGAUUUUAGCCUCAUUAAUAUUUUUUCAUGCUCAAAUCUUUAUAGCUUUUGCAUAAAAGUCAAUAAAUGUUUUGCAGAAUGCUACACCAUAAACUUGCCUCCUUAGCAAUGUCCUCUCAUGCCAGAAGGCUUCCUUAUCAAUGGUAUGCACCCCGUCUCAUCCCCAACACUGGAUGAGCUGCUUUUAAUACACAGCCUUACUGCAGACAGUCAGAGAAACUGCAAACAGGUAGCGAUAUCCUUACUACAUGCCUCCCUGAUGGUUCUCUCCUUCUGCUUCUUUUGUUGUUCAGCUCAUUCAGUACUGUCAGUGGCUAAGCUACAUGCAUACUUUUUUGAUAAGGUUUUUUCUGGAGUGAAGGGAUGUUGCUAAAGAGGCAGUCUAAUGGGGCAACAUUCCCAAAAACAUUUAUUUUAUGAAAAAAACUAUGAAUAUUUGAGCAUGCAAAAUAUAACAUAAUUAGGCCAAUACCUAUCAAAUCCAUUAUAAUAUAGGUGCUCGGAGUGUCCCUUUAACUGUACGCAGGAACCAUUCUGUAAAAACCACAGAAGAAACAUCUGUAAUGACUGAUAUGCCUGGGAAAUCAUGUAGUAAACUCUGUGCUCUUCACUGCUCAGCAUAAUUUCAAAAAAGUAGCUAGAAGACUUAAUGGACAAUCCUUGUUCGGUAUGUUAAUUGCUAAAACUUUUUUUUUUUUUUUUUGUUACAGCAUUUGUUAGCAUGAACUGUAACACUGCAAAACAGUUCAAUAAUGAAAGAUCAAAGAAACUACUUGUCAUGUCUUGUACAUUAUUUCACUUGUGUGUUAGAAAGAUUUUUAUCAAUAUGGCGCAUUAAAAGGCAAUCUGAGGUCCAAUGCAUCCUCUAAUCUUGUUUCAGAACCUGGUUUCCCUCUAGUUUGAGCUUUCUGGUUUUGAAAGCCGUGCAUUUACAAUGUGUUUUUACCCAAAGCUGUCCCAAAAGCUACCUUCUUAUAAAGAAAUAAAUUUAAAAAAAUUAACCAUAGAGCGAAAAAAUUAUCCUCUGUUUUUAUUUGAUUUAAAAUAAAACAAGAUACCCAUCACAUAUACUUUAAUCAUGGCAAUGUUUAUGAAGUCAUAAAAGGUAUGAAGUCUGUAAGUUUCAUAUUUCCAUUUGCAAAGACUGUACAUUGCACAUUUUGUAAUUAAGCUAUUUUUGCUACAUCCAUAUUAUUUUUUAUCUUUUCCUCCCCUAAAAAGAACACUGAAACUAUGAUUGUUUUGGCAAAAAUAAACUCAUUCAUAAUUGUUUUCUAUUGCUCACUUUUGCUACCAUGUACAUCAUAAUAUUUAUUUUUAUCUCAUUAGAUUUCCCAGCUAAUGACAUUGUGAAGUUUCUGGUGGGCUUCACUAACAAGGGUAGUGAAGACUUCAUUGUUGAAUCUUUGGAUGCAUCGUUCCGUUAUCCUCAAGACUACCAGUUCUACAUUCAGAAUUUCACUGCCCUUCCUUUAAAUACAAUUGUUCCACCUCAGAAACAGGCCACUUUUGAAUAUUCGUUUAUUCCAGCUGAACCAAUGGGAGGGCGUCCCUUUGGGCUGGUCAUCAAUUUGAACUACAAAGAUGCAAAUGUAAGACUUGGUUGACUAAUGCCUAGGAAGUUCAAUGUGCCUUGAUAAUGCCAUAUUUAUUAAUAAUGGGAAAUAUAGAUAUUUAUGUAUAUCACUGUUAUUGCAAAUUAUGCUCUGUUUGUGCUUUAUUAGCAAUCUGAUUUAAAGAGGAUGCAUUGGAAAGGGCAGCAGUGAUUUAUUUUGUUUUGUUUUUCAACACAAAAUGAAACUGUAGUUUCUUAGCCCUGUUCUCUGGGUUUGCCAAAAGACCAGGACUGGCUCCAUGUAAAUAAAUAAAAGGGCACUCCACUGCCUAAAUUAAAAAAUAAAUUAAAAAAAAUCUGUUUAGUAGAUAUAAACCAAAUGAAAACAUGCAUGUCUUUAACCCCUUAAGGACACGUGACAUGUCAUGAUUCCCUUUUAAUCCAGAAGUUUGGUCCUUAAGGGGUUAAAGGACCAUUAUGGUGACUAGAACUUCAUCAAAAUUAAGUUCUUGUAGUGCCAGGAGGUCUCUGGUUCACCUUAAGGGAUUUAACCCCAAAGUAUGCAUUUCAGCGUCAAAUCUCUCUCCUUCCGUUUUCUCAAAGUCUUUAAAAUGUAAGGCACUUGCCGAAUCAGGCAGCUGCGCAGCUUAUUGGCGGAGAGCAAUCAGCUGGCUUUCGGGCAAUUGGUGACGCCCCAUUCAUAAAACUGGCUUGAAAAAUAUACGUUUCUUUUUAAGCUAGUUUUAUGAAUAUGGAGUCACUGGUUGACUUAGAGUCAGCUGCCUGCUCUUAGCCAACCAGUAGCUUUGUUGGUCGAUUCAGUAAGAACCUUUCAGUUUAAGACUUUCAGAAAAUGUUGGGACAGGGAGGUAGGGAGGUUCGGUGCUGGAACACGGACUUUGGCAUUAAACUGUUGAACAGUUUAACUCUUUAAGGUGAGCCAGUGCCAGGCACCUCCUGGCACAAUAACUUUAUUUUGUUGAAGUUAUGGUGCCUGGAGUGUUUCUUUAAUUAUGCGUGUUUUUUUUCAUUAGGGGUAUAUCUAAAUACAGCUUACCUAAACUGCAGUUGCUGUCUUUGCAAUACCUCCCUUUCUAACCCAACCCAGACUUUCUGUGGCUAUCCGAUUAGACUUCCCAAUACAGCUCAUUGAGGAGACUUGGCAAGACAGGAGCUCUGAAUCAAUGUGUGCCUCUUGAUUUUAGCUUUGCUGAGCUAAACAACCAGGAAUUAAAAGGACUUGUUUUCUUCUUGAAAGCCAGAGGGUGCGACAAAGUUUCAUUUGUAAAUCAGCACUUUUCAUUGUAAAAUAAAGAAGAAGUGCUCUACACACAUGAAGCAUUUCAGCAAGCUAGAGUACUUUAGGGGUCUGUGGUGUUCCUUUAAGUCAUUUGAGCUGCCACAAACAUAAUGAAUUUCUGGCCUAUUGAAAAACACUGCCACAAGCCAGAAUUUUUUUUUUUUUCUUAUGGUUUAUUUGUGAGUGUUUUAAGCAUUUAUUUUCUGUUUAUGUAAAUUUUGUGUCUAACUUAGGAGGACAAAUAGGUUCAAUGAAGUUUUUUGGAUAUAAUCAGACUGUACUUAAGGAUACUUUUCUUAGCUUUGUAAAUGUGUUUUAAAUAAUUAAAUGUCAGUGACUAAAACUUCACCCUUACUCUCAUAGGGUAAUACUUUCCAGGAUGCCGUUUUCAACCAGACUGUUACCAUUAUUGAAAAAGAAGACGGUCUAGAUGGGGAAACGUAAGUACUAAGAUCCUUUUUAUGAGUGAUUAUUAAUCACAAAAUGUAUCUUUAUGCAAUUGUCUUCUCAUUGAAGGAGAAGGAAUUCUUACAAUCCACAAUACAAAUCUUGAUACUACCUUUUUAGUAAGAAAUUAGAGUUAAUUUCAGUUUUACUUUCUUUUUUCCCUAUAGGAUUUUCAUGUACCUUUUCCUUGGUGGGCUUAGUUUGCUGGUAAUUGUUGGAUUGCACCAACUGUUGGAGUCCAGAAAGGUAUGGAGCCCAUUGUGUGAUGGAAUUAUUUCUACAUAUCCCAUCUCUGAAUAUUGCUUAAUGAUUUUUAUUUAUUUAUUUUCGUCAAUUUAGCUGAAAGCCUACCCCCUUCUCUAUUGCCAUUUGUAAGGUGCCAUUUCUUUGGCUAAGAUCCGUCUCUAUCAUCUCAGCCAAUUUAAUGCUUUCCAUAGGAAAGCAUUGGGAGGUCAGUCAGCUUGUGCGGCAGAAUGCCAUGCUGUGACAAUCUGAUUUGAAAUGGCAAAGUUUUACUCUGCUAUAUGCCGAAAGGACCUUUGGUGGCUGUUGCAGAUUUCAGUCUUUUAUUUUUUAUUUAGUAUCUAGGAUUCUUAGUUCUAUUCAGUAUUUCCUUUUGCAAUAUGCAAAAUUCAUAACUUACAUGGGCAACUUCACCACAUUCCAAUAAACUUAAAAUGUAAUGGAAAUUUACGCCAUGCUGAACAAUGAAGAUAGCUCUGCGCGGGGUCUUCUGAACUCUAUAAAUCUCAAACUUACUCACAAAUGAAAUCAAUGCAUAAGAUGCCCAGCUUCAUCCAACAGUUAAUGCCCAAAUCUCUUCACCAGGCAUAGCUUGUUUUAUUUGCAUGUAGGGUGGCAUUAUUGCAUCCAGACUUUCUAUAAAUGUUGUUGUGAACAUGAUUAUACAGUUUAAAAAUUAUUGCACAUUUACAGCACAGUUUUACAGAUGCAGUGAUGGCUAGACUUUUCCAACAUAGCUAUUGCAGAUUAUUUUCACCAUCAUGAUGUCUGAAGUAGUCUUCUGACUCUAGAGUAGCUGCAAAGUCAUAUUUGGCAGGUUCCUGUGAUGGCUAGUAGCCUGUGCUGUCCUAUGUUUGGCAAAAAAACAUUUUGUUCCACUUUUGCCAAGGAUACAAAGGACAAUCUUUUUGCUGGUUUGUGUUAUGUAUGUAUGUAUGAUUUUUUUUAUUUUUUUUUAACAUUGUUUUUCUCCUUUACAGAGGAAGAGGCCUGCACAAAAAGUAGAGAUGGGUACAUCUAAUCAAAACGAUGUAGAUAUGAGUUGGAUUCCUGCUGAAACGUUGAGCCAAAUCAGUAAGUAUUCAGAACCUGUUUGAAUUGCAAAUUGAUAUUUAAUGUGGCAUUGUCCCAGGCAGACCUUGCGUUUGUUAGCUUGUUUUAUUAUUGUUAAAUUUCUUGUCUUAGUUUCCAUGUUUAACUAUUGGGAGCAAUGUCUUCCCCCUUGUUUCUUUCAAUUUUUAUUGGCAUAUCUUUGUUUCCAUUAUCAAUCUUACUGCUGUCUGCUGUUCUCCUAAUCUUUUUUGCGAUUUCUUGUUUCCCCUCUUUCUUGCUGUUUCAGUGCAAAGUAGACGAGGUGAGGCACAUUCUAUUGUCUGUCUGAAUGCUAUUGUGGUGUUUUUGGUCUUGUGAAGUUGGAUAUGUUGGCUGCUUACCUUAAUGUCAUCUAAAACAAAUCUGGAAAUAAGAUGCAUAAAAAAGUUUUCAAUCCUUUCAUCCAGUGUAAAAUUAUAACCCAUUACUUUGCCAUCUUUUAGUUUAUAUAAAUGCCACACUAGUCCCAUGAUAAAUAUGAUGGCUCAGCUGUAAUAACGUUUGAAUCCUGCAUAAUCUUUAUCCAGUAGGAUCAAUGUAUGGGUUUGGAGUGACAAACCAAAAUGGCUCAAAAAUGUACAUAUGCAGUUAAGGUGAGCAGCCAGUUAUUGCUCACUGUAUUCAAAUUUAGCUUUUGGGCAGCUAUUACUAAAAAAUAGCUACACGGUCACUAGAUUUCCUUACAGUGAACAUCUGCUGACUGCUCAGUUAUAUGUAGCCAAAGACAACUCUGACAUAUUUGAGGGGAAAAAAGAAAAAAACAACUUGCACACUUCCCCACCCUCCUCAGUAUUUGUCCAUUUUGUUUCAUGCCCUUUUACAGGUUGAUAAAUCCUUUUUGUUAAAAUAAAAUUUGGUUAGAGACUUUGAAAAUGUGCUCUAGGUUUUUGCUGCUCCCACUGAAGCCCAUUCUUGUAAAAAUGACCAAUGUUUGUAUUGCAUGAUUGUGUUAACUGGAUGCUUGCUCAUAGUGUAGUCUAGUACCUAGUGACACAGCAUUGAUUCAGUAACACUUUAUUUUUAUUUAUUUCCUCCCUCUUUAGACAAAGCUUCACCAAGAAGGUCUCCACGUAAACGAGCCCAGAAAAGAUCAGCAGGCUCUGAUGAAUAAACAGACUUUGUGCUCUGCAAUUUAUUCUGUCCACUAAUCCCACCCUCCUGCUGCCCAAGGUGGAUACUUCCCAAUUCCAUACUGGCAAUGCUGAAAAGGGAAAUAAGUCCCUAUAAAACAUUAAGACUGCAAAAUAAAUGUUUCUCAUGGGGAAACGUCAUUUUUAUAUAUAUAUUUUUUUUUUUUUCUUUCAAUCUGAGCACCCAGCCUAAAGCAUCUAAACUUCAUACACAGGUGCUGCUACAUCUGGAUAUCCAUAGUAGACAUCAGAGUGGAGUCUUUACUUGCCUAUCCAGAUUGCAUCUUGCAUUCUAUCACACCGACUGUUUAAAUGAGCCACUUACUCAGAUUUCGGUUUGGAUGUAGAAGCACUGAGGGAUUGUGUUGGCAUGGCUGAAAUAAUUGUCACCCCAGGGACUUCUGCUUCUGUCUGAAUCCACAUGUUCAGUUAUUUGAAAUAGGUUUGUAUUUUUUUUCCCCCUGCUGAUGUGAUGUGGAAUUAUAUAUUUUUAUUUUUUGUGUAUCCCAAUGUGUUUUUUUGUUUGUUUUUUAACACCAGGGUAGUACUUAUGAAAUCUGUAACCUAUGCUAUAUUUGAGGGUUCAUCAUAGUAGUUAAAUAACAUCCAGAGGCAAAGUGUGCUGAUUGUGUUUUUUUUUUUUUUUUCCCAGAAGCUAUUUUGGGGUUGGAUGGGUGGGUUUGGUUAGGGAUGUGUGGAAUAUGUGCAAAACGUUUUUAGAUGUUUGUGCAUUUUGAAGCCUAAAAUAAGAAAGAUACAUGACUGCUUAGGAAUGGGAACAUUGAUACAAAGACCUGGAAACUUUUUUUUGUAAAAUGAUAAAAUGGCUUUAAAAAAAAAAAAAAAAUGGUCUGCCUGCAAGUGUACAAAGGAUUAAAUUCUUAAAUAAAAGUGGAAAACAUUUUAAGCCCA